AUGGAGCAGAGCACAUUUCAACCUGGUGAUAUCUGCCUCGAAUGCCAGCAACAAGGCUUGAGAAAUCGUUUACGUACUUUUUACAUCGAUAUCAAUGAGCAAAUUGUGAAAUGUGAGAGUUCCUCCUGCAUUUAUCCUUACAUAAAUGACUUUUCGGAUUCUGAAGAAGAUGUGUCGUCUAAAGAAUUUCAAAAGAGCCCACCAAAACCCACUUCCUUGCCAUCUUCUGAUUUGUGUACUUAUCCUAACAAUGAUUUUGAUGAGUUAGAUAGUGUCCGUUUUGUGGAAGCGCUACUUUGUAUCGAUGGGAAAAAUAAUACUAUUGAGAAAUCAGGAAUUGAUGGCAGCACCACAGAGAAUAGCGCGACACCAUUCCCCUUUCAAACUACCAAUUGCAUGUCACCCACCACAUCACAGAACCAUUCAGAAAU